GUAGCCUAACAUCAAAUUGGUGAUGCUAUGUGGUCACUGACAUCAGCUCGACAGCAAAUCUCCGGUGAAGGAUUGAUUGCAGUCGGUUACAACUCAGGAUUGUUGUAGAUUGAUGGAGAUAUUGAGAUCCAUUCUGAGGGCAGCCAGCGAUGAUUCCAGAUCAAAACAUCGCUGGUCACAAUCGAAUCACAAGACUGCAGAAUGCACAACUGCUGCCCUCAUGGUGCUCAGAAGCUUCUGCUAUCUGGAUGGAUGGUGAGAGGCGUCGAAAGGAUUUUCACCCUUGAAUCAAUUUGCGGAGCAGUCAGCCACAACGUGGUGACAUGGACCCAACAAUGGUUGCACCCAAUGAGUGCAAGAGGUGUUGGGAGUUGAAAUGAAAGCAAAGCAAAGCGAAUCAACUGUUGUUCUCCUGUGCUCCAGACUCCCAGUCUCAAUCUGGAAUCAAAUCUUCUCCAUCCGAUACCAAUCUCCUCAUGAACAUGACACUUCUGCUAGAAAAUGUUCCUUAAAGGUGGCCAAAGACCACUGCGGUGAGGUAGUGAUCACUCUCGUAGGUCCAAAGGUUGAGUCCAAUAUGUCAGAGGAUGGUCAAUAUCACCAUCAAAGCAAUUUCAGUAACUCUGAAAGUGAAAGAUUUCUUCUCCCCAUGCUUGACUAUUAUUCCAAUGUCAUACCAACCAAAUCCGAGACUAUCAGAUUUUUCGCUUGAAUUUCACCAAGUUUUGUGCUUCAGCUUUUAAUGAAAGGGGAUGGGGAGAGAUUCGGGAGGUCAAUUGGCUGUAAUGACGAUGAUGGCUGCCAUCCUCGCAUCAAGCCCUCUCUGGGUCCUGGAAUUCUGUGAUACUGGGAACGGGUGAGUUCAGAUUACUAUGAAGGCAGGCAAUAGUAUCUCCAUCAAUCGUGGAAGGUUAGAAUCGGCAUGCUCAGCAGUUGGCGACGUGCAGAAUCAACCUCCGGAUCCUACUCUGCAGCUUGACAUAUCUGAUGCUUCGGCACAUCCCCAUUUUGUUUUCUGGCGUUCUGAGCCAUGGCAGACAGAACUGCCUCUGCAAGUUGACUAAUUGAUUGAUGGUGAAAUUCUACACAAAUCUCAACUUGUCAGCAUUUGACGCUCUGUAUUGUCCCACUGUAACCGAUUAUACUUCCGGUAACUAUAAUUCCGGUUUAUAUGUUGUGCAAGUUGGUAAUCUACCUCAAUUAAUUCUUCUGACCCCGA